UCGACAUUGAAGCUUCAAAAUUUUGUUUACGUACUGACUGUCUUAUUUAUCAUAAUAUUUACAUAAAACUUAUCGGAAUAGUUGUAUCACAGAUAUAUUUACAAAAUGUCGGCGUCUUUAGAUGCAUCUUUAGAUCCUAUGGAGGAGAUUCGGUUUAGAAAGAAGCACGGCGGUUUAUGGGCGGAAAUUCAAAAGAGUACCCAUUUUACGUUCGACGAGCUAGAAAAAAUCAUGGUUAUAUUUUUUAAAAUACAAAAGAGGGACGAUAAGCCUGCAGCAUCGGACCUUAUAUCAAGAGCUCAUUUUAGGGACGUUCUACACACCGGUCUUGGUAUGACAGAUUCGUAUAUGAUGGAGAGAGUUAUGGUGGCGUUGGAUCGCGGCACCUCGCCCUACGUGACUAUGGCCACAUUUGGCAAAGCCAUGUCGCUUUAUCUUCGCGGCAGUUUGGAAGAGAGAAUCGCUUAUGCCUUCACAUGCUAUGAUUUACUAGGAGAGGGUUAUUUGCGACGGGAAACGAUGUAUCAAUUAAUGAAAAAAAGCUUAGCGAAAGCUUCGAGAGAUGACGAUGUAGAGGAAGCGGUCAAGGAACUUGUGGAUAUAAUGUUGAAACGCAUGGAUGCCGAUUUGGAUGGAGUGAUAAAUUUUAACGACUUCCAUAUAUCUGUGACUAAAACGCCUUCUCUACUGGAAAGUCUUGGUUAUUGUCUGCCUGAGAGACCAGCGGUUUACGCCUUCGUAUCUACAUGGUGUCCCGCUUGGAAAUCUAUGUGAACUUUGUUUCAUAUUGUGUAUAGAUCGUCGAAUAAAAUUUGAUCUGCGAAAGUAUGCUCUUAAAUCGGAUAUAUUUUACUACGAGAAUGUAAAAUUCACACCUUCGAUGCAAUUUUUUGUAAGAAAAUGAAAUCGACAGGCAUCAGCAUUCAAAGUGUUAAUAAUUUUAGCAGAUUUGAAUAUCUAAAAGGUUUUGUCUUCCAGUUAUUCGGUUAUCUCGUACAUAAUAUGCUUACUAACUAUUCCGAACUAUUCCGAAUGUUAAUGUUGAUAUACUUAAUUUUUUUCUUUUCAAAGUACUGUAUUUUAUAUAAUAUUAAUUAGUUAAAAUUGUAUCAAUAAUUUUAUACAAUAUUAUCUAAACGAAUUGUUCAAGAAUAUAAGCAUAAUCCUCUUCGACUCAGACAAUGAACAAAGGGCUGUAUGUUUAAUUAAUUCCUUUGACUCUACCCCCGUAAUAGAGUGCCAUUCCCUAACAAUUUUACUUUACUGAUUUGAAAUUCAAAGAUUUGUGUAACUACGCAUAAAGGAUUUGAUUAAAAUGUCCCAUCUUAUAUUUACAUUUAGUUUGUAACGAUAAUUAAUUGUGUGGUAUUGGUUUAUGUUUUUAAGUCAAAUGUAUUACAAAGUUAACGUGUCAGUGCCGACUUUAACCUGACAAGUGCAUAGCCGAGUUUUGAUUAUGGAUUUCAUGUUACUUAAAUAAUAUGUGGAUAUUUUACAGUGGUAGUGCCCGCUUUAACAUCUUCGCACGAAUUGGCCGGCUCGC